AUGGAGAGACAGCAGCUAAUUCUGGAGCCCAUAAUCCUCUUCCUCCUGGGAUGGGCAGUGUGCCAGUCUCACAGCCUCCGGCGGGCCCUGGGGAUGAGCCCCUGGCAGGUCCCCAGGCAUGCUGCAUGCUGCAGUGACUCCUGGACCAUGGGUGAUGUGCAGAAGGGUGCUAUGCAGUGACCUGGCACCCUGCAGGACUCACCCAGCACCCCACACCCCCAGGGGCUGCUCUCCGUCAUCCAGAGGCUGAAAGGAUCCCCGGAGCAGGAGGUCCGCAUUGUCCUGCUGGGGUUGGACAACGCGGGGAAGACCACGCUGCUGAAACGCCUGGCGUCUGAAGAGGUCAGCACCGUCACACCCACCCAGGGCUUCAACAUAAAGAGCGUCCAUUCGCAUGGCCUCAAGCUAAAUGUCUGGGAUAUCGGGGGGCAGCGCUCCACCCGCCCAUACUGGAGGAAGUAUCUGGGCAGCACAGACCUGCUGAUUUAUGUCAUUGACAGUGCAGACCAGAAGCGUUUUGAGGAGACAGGACAGGAGCUGGAAGAGCUCACUGAGGAGGAGGCCCUCACAGGGGUCCCGCUGCUGGUGUUCGCCAACAAGCAGGACCUAGUGACUGCUGCACCCGCAGAUGAAAUCGCAGAAGGGCUGAGCCUCCACACCUACCGGGACCGGGAAUGGCAGAUCCAGGCCUGCUCAGCCUUGUCUGGGGAAGGAGUGCAGGAUGGGAUGAACUGGAUUUCCAGCCAGAUCAUGAAUAGGAAGAAGUGAGAGCUGCAAGUGCCAGAAGGGACUGAGCUGCAGGUCCCUAAGCCACAGCCAACCCCCCUCAUUCUUAGACUCCCCCAGAGGCUCAGCAGGGCCCUGAGCCUCAGACCGCCAUGCUCAGGGGUGCUUCCCACCCAGACUUUCACUGAUCAUUCAGCUUCCCCUCUCUCUGCUUCCCCCAGCUCAUAACCCCCGACCCUCCUGCAGCCCUUGUGCUGUUGCAGGGAAGCACAUGCCCCACUGUGUCAAGGGCUUGCCCACCUCCAGAACAAGAACCUGCUCAGGACAUGUCCAUCCACACUGCUGGCACCCUCUGCAGAGGCUGCUGCGGCACACACACUGCACAGAGCACACUGGGCACCCCACGAUGG